AUGGCCCUGAGCGUCCCAGACUCUGGCAUCACCAUGUCACUUGUCAAGGGAUUCUUGAUUCAGUUCGUGCUCUGGGCAUCAACGGAUACAGAUGCCGUGUUGCCCAACUCCUCCUUCACCACUGUCCUACAUCUGGUCCCGGGGAAAAAGGAAGAGCAAGCCUUUCGCCGGAUCGCGCUUAUUCUGUCGCUGUGUGGUGGUGUCGCGAUCUUUCGGGUCUCGCCCGGGCAGAUGGACACGGAAACGGCGGAUGGGACAGGAGGUAGUACUAAUGGAUCAGACCCUCCGCUGAAUGAGCGCCCGACUGGUAAAGACCCCUGCGCCAUCUUGCGGCGCCUCGGCGAAAGUGCCAAUCACGACCCCGUCUGGAGCCUUUCCGCAGCGUCCGAUGCCAGGUACCCAGCGGACACGCGGUAA